AAAAUAUACAGCUUCAUUGUAGGACCCAAAAAACUUAGACAAACUGUUAUUUCUUAUUAACUCCGAGUUUAUCCUGAACUUUUUCUCGGUAAUAAAAAUCGGGUUUUCGCAUUCACACCAGUCACAGCAUGGAUUCAGGUGGGAUUCUUAGUCUCAUAAGUGUUGCCUUCUUAUGGGGUGUUACAAAUCCCCUGAUGGGCAAGGGCAGCUCGGGUAUCCAAAGAGUGAAGCAUGCCAAUUUCCUGGUUCAGUUUGGUUCAGAACUCAAAUUCCUUCUACUAAAUUGGAAAUUUGUUCUCCCAUUCCUGGUCAACCAGUGCGGCUCCAUUCUCUUCUACUUCACGCUCAGCUCCACCGAACUGUCGGUUGCUGUACCAUUGACCAACGGGCUGACAUUCCUCUUCACCUCUGUUGCGGGUCAGUGCCUGGGAGAGCAUCCGGCUUCACCACGCACUUUCCUCGGAAUGGCUUGCGUCUUAUUGGGUGUCGUGCUGUGCCUGACGGACAAGAUGUGAGGGAAAACCCAUCAGAUGUUUGGCCCCAUGUGUGUUUAAAAGCGACCGAAUGGGCUCGUUUUCCGAUUUGAAAAAGCUGAGCUCGUGGUAUGUUUCAUUGUUGUUGUUUUCUUUACACAGCAUCAGAGGUAAAAAGGAGCAGAAAAACGAUGUAAA